AUGGAAGAGGUAGGUACCCGGGUGGCAUCUCCUGUAGCCAUCCACCAAACACUUCCGCAAAGAUUUUGUAACCCAACUCAUCCAAUGGUCAAGAAACGUGGUUUCAAUUUUCAUUCCCCGAGCAUUUCUCAUCAGAACCCUUCUCCGGAUAACUGGAAUCCAAAGUCAUGGGAAUGGGACAGUGCAAGGUUUGUUGCUAAACCUGUGCAAACCGAUGAAGCCCAAGUGGGAAAUCCCAUGAGGCCUGGCCAUACAGAAAAAGAUGCUGAAAAUUUGCGGCUUAACCUUGGUGAUUGCGGCUUGAAUUUAGUGGAAGAAUCACCACAGCAGGUUCCGAGGCCAAACAAGAGAGUGAGGUCCGGGUCGCCCGGCGGUGUUAACCAUCCAAUGUGCCAGGUGGAUGACUGUGAGGAAGACCUUUCCACGGCAAAGGACUAUCACAGACGGCAUAAGGUAUGUGAGAUUCACAGCAAGGCUAGUAAGGCUUUGGUCGGGAAGCAUAUGCAGAGGUUUUGUCAGCAGUGCAGCAGGUUCCACCCGCUUACAGAAUUUGAUGAGGGAAAGAGAAGCUGUAGGCGAAGGCUUGCUGGGCAUAACAGGAGGAGGAGAAAAACUCAGGCCGAAGAGACUACCUCACGGGUGUUAGUUCCUAGUAGUCCACAAAGAAAUAUCAACUGUGAUGUGAAUGUCAUCAAUUUAUUGACAGUGCUAGCUCAUGCACAAGGAAACACUGGGGACAAUAGUGGUAAAUCCUCAUCAGCACCUGAAAAAGAACACUUGCUUCAAAUUCUCAGCAAAAUAAACUCUCUGCCCUUACCCACAAACUUAACAUCCAAGCUGCCCCUCCCAAAAACCACAAGUUUAAGUGUCCCUAAUCACACAAGCCCUAAAAAUCAGAACCAAACAACUGGGGAGGCUUCUCGUCCAUCAACCAUGGAUUUGCUAGCUACUCUUUCGUCAGAAACUCAAUCUCAACCGAGCUCUGAGGAUAGUGACUCCGAGAAAAGCAGGUCAGCUUUUGUUGACCCAGUAAACCUGUCCAGAGGAGAGAGAAUUAUGCAUCUCGAUUCUCCAACAGGCGAAAUAGAUGGUCACAAUGUUAGAGACACAUCUCCCAGCCUACAGUUACAGCUGUUUAGUUCCUCACCCGAGGAUAAUAGCUCAAGUAAACUGCCAUCGGGUGGAAAUUAUAUCUCGUCCAACAGCAGUAAUCCUUCUGAAGAAAGGUCACCUGUGUCUUCUUCACCUCCACUCAUGCAUAAUCUGUUCCCCAUGCAGCCUUCGAGAGAAACAGUGAAUGCUCGUUUGUCAAACAGUGACGACGAGCUUGUGUGUGUGAAAUCAAGAACAAGCAAUGGGUGUAGUACGUCUCUUCAGCUCUUUGGAGGAGGCUUAAUCCAAGUUAAUGAGAAUGGUUCGAUUCCAAGUUCUCCAUGUGGAGUUGGUUACACAUCGUCUACUGGAUCUGACCAUUCUCCGUCUAGCCUGAAUUCUGAUUCUCAGGAUCGUACUGGUCGGAUAAUUUUCAAAUUGUUUGACAAGGAGCCAAGUCAGUUGCCUGGAUCGCUACGGAAUCAGAUAUACAAUUGGCUUUCUACCAGCCCAUCAGAAAUGGAAAGCUACAUCAGACCCGGUUGCAUAGUUCUAUCCGUGUACUUGUCAAUGUCAUCUUUUGCCUGGAAUCAACUUGAAGAAAACUUUCUUAAUUAUGUGGAAUCUUUAGUCAAAGAUGCUGAUGUUGGUUUUUGGGGAAAUGGAAGAUUUUUGGUUUGCACAAAAAGAAAAAUGGCAUCCCAUAAAGAUGGAAAGACUCGUCUUUGUAAAUCCUGGAAAGCCUGGACUACUCCAGAGUUGAUCUCUGUGUCCCCUGUGGCAGUUGUAGCCGGUCAAGAGACAUCUCUUUUAUUGAAGGGGAUAAGUUUGACCACACCAGGCACUACGAUACAUUGCACGCAUUCCAGUGGAUACAGCAUAGAAAAAGUUGCUGCAUGGUGCCAAGCCACUGGACAAGAUGAGAUUAGAUUAGGUCGGUUUAAGAUUUGUGGGGCUGCAUCUAACCAGCUUGGUCGCUGUUUCAUUGAGGUAGAGAACAGUUGUAGGAGCACUACUUUCCCGGUAAUUAUAGCAGAUAACCCAAUAUGUCAAGAACUGAAGCUCCUGGAGCCUGAGAUCAAUGGCACAUCUGCUGAAGUUUGUGGGACCCACAAUUCUGUUCACGAUUCAGGGAGACUCUGGUCCAGGCAAGAAGUCCUGCAUUUCUUGGAUGAACUUGGGUGGCUGUUUCAGAGAAAGAGCACCUCUUCCUUUUUCCGCUUCCCAUGUUACAGGCUCUAUCGUUUCAAAUACCUUCUCGUAUUCUCUGUCGAGCAUGACUUCUGUGCGCUGGUCAAAACCUUACUCGACAUUUUGGUAGAACUGAAUUUGGGCGCAAAAGGAUUAACAUUAGCGAUGGAAUCUUUCGCGAUGCUAUCCGAGAUUCAUUUGUUGAAUCGGGCCGUCCGGAAGAGGUGUGGAGCCAUGGUUGAGUUGCUGGUUAAUUACUAUGUUGUCGAUUCUGAUGGCUCAACUCGGAAAUAUAUAUACCCCCCGAAUCUGGCAGGUCCCAGUGAUCUCACGCCUUUGCAUUUGGCUGCCUGUAUGUCAUCUUCGGCUGCCAUUGUUGAUGCUCUGACAAAUGAUCCACAGGCGAUUGGUUUGCACAGUUGGAACUCGGUUCUAGAUGCAAACGGGCUCUCCCCUUACGCAUACGCGUCAAUGAGAAACAACCACUCUUACAACGACCUUGUCGCCCGUAAGCUUGCUGAGGUCAAAAACGGUCAGAUCUCUGUAUUAAUCACGGACGAGAUCAAGCCUAUCGAGGUGGGGCCCGGUUCCAGCAGCAAUUUUGCUGUCGUCAGCCACAGCCCGGAAUCGGGAGGCCCUUGCUUGAGAUGUGCGGCUGCAGCCGCGUGCGCAUAUGGUAAAAGAUUCCCGAGCUCAAACGGGCUUCUGCAGAGGCCCUACCUCAGCCCGGUGCUCAUAAUUGCUGCUGUGUGUGUGUGCGUAUGUGUUUUCCUGAGAGGACAUCCGUUCCUACGGAACAGCAACUUGUGCUCUCCAUUUGUGUGGGAUCACCUGGGCUUUGGCACCUCGUAG